AUGUAUCAAGAUGCGGGGUAUGGUGAAAAUUGGCAACCAGCAGCAAAUAAUGCAAGACGUAUCGAUCCAUAUACACGAUCAUGUGCAGCACUAGGUGGUCUAUUUGGUUGUGGCUUUAUUAUAAUUGUGAUUAUUGUAUUAUCAUUAAUUCCACUUUAUAUAUCUCAUGAUUCAUCAACUAAUAGUAAUAUUCAAGCACCGAAAGUUACUGUAACUAAUUAUAAUCUUCAAUUCCAGUCUCCCUUCAAUAACUUUAACUCUCAAACAAUCCUUUCUGAUAGUACUAAUCUACAAACUUUACAAGCAGCACUUACAUCUCUAGUACAAACAGAUCCUGCUAUGGCCGGUUCUGUUGUGGAAAUAAAUACAUCCUCAGUACAAUCUAGACGUAAACGUCGACAAACGUCAAACUUACUUACUAUUACAUUUAAUUUAAAUGUUAUUAGUGGUAAAGGCUGUUCGUCAAUAGCAUGUUUGAAUCAAUUUCAAUCUCAUGCUACUAGUUGUUUAACUGAUAUAAAUCAAACAAUUUCUGGUGUUCGUUAUCAACAAUCGGGUUCAUCAAAUAUCUAUUGGCUAAAUUAUAAACUACCUCAGACAAUGCAAUCAAAUGCAACAUUUGUUAUUGUUGAUUCUAAAUUACUAUCUUCUCUAUUGGCUACAUUAACAGAACUUGAUGCAAGUCAACAUCAAUCAGCAACAACAACAACACCAACUACAACAACGACGAAUAAUUUAGUGUCAACUGUAGUAGCUUGA